AAGGAGGGCAUUAGCUAAUCCAAUCUUUGUCAGCCUGAAUAAACUAGUGUCCGGAUCUCAAAUCAUACACGAAACCAUUUCAGAUCUCACAUGCAUAAAGAUCAUCAAGGCCAGUACUUCCAAAGCACCCAUGCAUCAGCAGCGAGCGAGCAUACUACAGCCAGCCAUGGAGAUCUCACAGCAACUCUUGCUCUACGCCUCUCUCCUUCUCCUCUUCGCAUGGCUGCUGCUCCGGCAGGCUUCACCUCGCAAGCGCAGUAAUGGCCAAGGCGGCCGGCAAAUCCCAAGUCCGCCGGCGCUCCCAUUCUUAGGCCACCUCCACCUCCUCAAGACGAAGCCGCUGCACCGCUCCCUCGCCGCGCUAGCCACCCGCUACGGCGACGGCUCGGGCCUCCUCCACCUCCGGUUCGGCGCCAAGCGAGUGCUCCUCGUCACCUCGCCGUCCGUCGCCGACGAGUGCUUCACCGUGCACGACGUCGCGCUCGCGGACCGCCCGGGGCUCGCGUCGCGGCGGGCGCUGACGCGGGACUGCCCCGCCAUCGCCAUGUGCAGCUACGGCCCGCUGUGGCGCCAGCUCCGCCGGCUCGCCACCGUGCACGCCCUGUGCGCGCACCGCCUGGCGGCCACGUCCGGCGCGCGCGACGCCGAGGCGCGCGCCAUGGCGGCCGACCUCUGGCGGCGCGCCGGCGCCGGGGCCAGGGCCGGGGCCGGGACCGUCGCCGUGAAGGCGGCGGCGUAUGAGUUCGCGGCGAACGUGAUCAUGGCCAUGGUCGCCGGGACGCGCAUGACGGGGGACCAGGUGCGACGGUUCAGGGAGAUGACGGAGGCCGGGCUCGCGGCCGCUGGCGCGGCGAACCGGCAUGACUCCCUGCCGGUUCUCCGGCUGCUGGACUUCGGGAGGACGAGGAGGAGGCUCGCUGGCAUCGCCGAGGCACGGCGACAGUUCGGCCAGAGCAUCCUCGACGACUACAGGCGGCGGCGUCAGCGUCACCCCGGCGGCGCAGACGACGAUGCUGGGGAGACUGCGGCGAGGACGGUGCUCGGGGACCUGCUCCGGCAGCAGGAGGAGGAGGAGCAGUCGCCGGAGCAUCUCGACGACGUGGUCAUUCGCUCCGUGUGCCUGAGUUUGCUACAAGGAGGGACGGACACAACAGCGAGCACAAUCGAGUGGGCGACGGCGUUGCUGCUCACCAACCCAUCCGCCGCCAAGAAGGCGACGGCGGAGAUCGACGCCGUCGUGGGCACGUCGCGUCUGCUCCGGGAAUCCGACCUCGCCGGCCUGCCCUACCUCCGGUGCGUCGUCUCCGAGACGCUGCGGCUGUACCCUCUCGCCCCAAACCACGUCCCGCACGAGGCGUCGCGCGACUGCGUGGUCGCCGCCGCCGUCGUCGCGCGCGGCACCAUGGUGCUCGUCGACGUCUACUCCAUGCAGCGCGACCCUGCGGCGUGGGGGGAGCGGCCGGACGAGUUCGUGCCGGAGCGGUUCAUGGACGACAACGGCGGCGGUGGCCGGAGAGAUGGGAGCAGCGGUGGCAGCAGGUGGAUGAUGCCGUUUGGGAUGGGGCGGCGGAAGUGCCCCGGCGAGAGCCUCGCCUUGAGGAUGGUCGGAGUUGCGCUAGGGGUCAUGUUGCAGUGCUUCGAGUGGGAACCGGAGGGAGGGAAGAAGAAGGAGGAGGUGGACAUGAGUGAGGGGUCCGGUCUAACCAUGCCCAUGGCGACGCCUCUCGUGGCCGUGUGCCGGCCACGUGCAAAGAUGGAGUCACUACUCAAGGCUCUCUAGGAAAUACUACGUUUUGUUAUUUAUUUUCCUUGAUCAUUUGAUGUCUAAGUCGUACGUCCUCGCUCGUCCAUAAAAUCUUCUUCAUCCGUUUUUGGACAUGGAGUAUUAGCUUUGUGCUAAAUUAAUCAAACGUUUAUCUCUUUGAUCAUCA